AUGUGCGGGAAAGUCUCUCCGACCGUACGAUGCGCCCGGAAAGGACCUGAAGAGGACCAGGAGUCUGAGUCGGAGCUAACUGUGACGCAGCUGAAGGCACUGCGUAAGCAGCAGCAAGCAAAAUUAGAAAAGACAAUGUUGGGAGAGGACUCUGAUGAGGAAGAGGAAAAAGAGGAGAGGAGUAAUGAGAAGAGUCAGAACAGUGACAUGAGCUGCUUGUGGGGAAUGGGGGAGGAUGCUGAAGAAGACGAGGUUGAGGAAAACCCUAUUGCUAUUGAUUUUCAGGAUGUACAAGAUGCCUUCUAUAUGAAAGAUCCUAGGAAGGCUUUACAGGGCUUUUUUGACAGAGAAGGAGAGGAGUUAGAAUAUGAAUAUGAUGAUCGUGGGCACAAUAGCUGGCUAUGCAGGAUCAAGUUGCCUGUGGAUGAUGCAUCAGGGAAGCAGCUGGUGGCAGAGGUUCUCCAUUCAGGAAAGAAGAAGGAGGCAAUGGUACAGUGUGCACUGGAAGCUUGCAGGCUGCUUGAUGCUCGGGGAGUGCUGAGGCAAGAAGCAGUAUCACGAAAAAGGAAAUCAAAGAACUGGGAAGAUGAGGAUUUUUAUGACAGUGAUGAUGACACUUUCCUUGAUCGAACUGGUGCUGUAGAAAAGAAACGACUGAACAGAAUGAAAAAAGCUGGUAAAAUAGAAGAAAAACCAGAGACUUAUGACUCCCUGGUCACAAAGCUGAAUGAAGCUGAAAAUGAGCUUUCUGAGAUAACGGAGAAGCUGAAGGCUUCAGGGAAAGUUCAGUCCCAGCCAGCAGCUCAAGAUUCCUUGGACGAAUUCAUGACUGAAAUAAAAUCAGGUUGCACCUUAGACAGCGUGGCACGAAAGAAACUUCAUUUGCGGUCAUUUGAACUGAAGAAAGAGCAACAGAGACUGAAACGCUUAAUAAAGCUUGUCAAGCCUGCAGAACUGCCCGAGCUGAAGCCCCAUGGGAGUUACAGUCUGGGAGCAGAGAGCAAGCCUAAAAAGAUUACCAUGCCUCUCUUUGGUGCAAUGAAAGGAGGGAGCAAAUUCAAGCUGAAAACUGGAAGCCUAGGGAAGUUGCCUGUUAAGCGUCCAGACAUCCCUGAAAGCUUGUUAAAAAUGAAAGAUGAUGGACCAGAGGAAGAGGAAGAAGAGGAAGAAAUGGAGGAGGAGGAGGAAGUAGAUGCAAUUAACAGCAAAACAUCAAACCUGGAAAUUAAAAUGACAACUGAAGAAGAAACAGGAAACGAAACUAAUGCUCCCGAAGGUUCUCCCUGCAAUAACAAGAAUCUAGAAUCCUUUCAGGAUGGGGUUCAUUUUCUGCCUGAGCCAAAGGUGCUAAGGAAUAAAUCUCAGAUGGGACCCUCGCAAGAGAAAUCUCAAGCAUCUGAGGCAGUAUGUAAGGAACCUGAAGAGACAUCUGAGAAAGUUAAGAAAAUCAAUAGCUCAAGCAAGGUCCAACAACAUUUUUUUUCCUCGCAGUACCCAGAUGAUGACCCAGACUACUGCAUAUGGAUUCCUCCUGCAGGUCAAAGUGGUGAUGGCAAGACUCAUCUCAAUGAAAAAUAUGGCUACUAAGCUUCGAGCGCCCCAGAGUACGCCUGAGGUUUGAAGGACUGCUCUACUUUGAACUCUUUCACCACACGUUAAGUGAGGGCUAAGAGUUGUUUUUUCAGACGCUGUUCCAAAUUCAAGGGCAUCAGCAGCCACUCCAGCUGUUGGCUCUCCCUGUGUGUCUUCUGUUUGUCUUCCAGAUACCUUUUCAAAAGUAAAAGCCCACGCAUUCUUCUGUCUCUUCUUCCACUUUUAACCUUGUCUUUUUAUUUGGCUUAAAACCAUAGGCUCGUUUUUCCUUUUGUAAAUAAAAAUAUACAAAAACUAUUAAAAAAA